UUUGAGGUGGUAAUCGCGUUCGAAGACUCCAACAAUUUCAAAGUUUCAGACUUUCAGAAGAUACAUUUUGACAUUGGUUGUCCAUUUUUUAAUAGAGCGGUGAAUAUCACUGUGUAAACAUUAAAAAUGGUAAACGAACUCAAUAAAGGGCCUUCUCAGGAAAAUUUAGCACUUGGCGAGCGUUUGCUCUCCUCUCAACGUCAAUUGCAAGAGAUGCAGGAGGAACAUCGACGAUUGCUGCAAGAAAUGGAAGUACUACGUCACCGUGCCACCACACUGAGUCGAUUGCAUGACCAGCAAUUCGGUCAUUUGGAUGAACAGAGCAGUGGUGGAUUACUCACUCAGGCAACCAAUAAUGAAAAUACAACAACCCAACAAACGAAUGCCACAGAGCUUAGCGCUUCGGAGCAGGUGAAACAAGAAACCACAACCACAACCACAACCACGACCACUGCAACUUCGACCGAUGAUGUGGAACAAACUAGUAAUGUGAAAGCGAGCACCAGCAAAACUAAGUCAGCGAGUCCUGUCUCCGUAGUGAGUGCGCCUGAAAAUGAUGAGGAUGUAGAUCCCGAAACAGCUGAGUAUUUGCAGAAAAAGUUGGCUGAGAUUGCGCAAUUAAAAGCACGCUUUAAGCGCGUUCAGACCAUAAUGAAUACUACUGAUAUGAUAGAGGGGCAUAUCGCCUCAAAGGUGGAAGGGCCAAAGAGUAGCGAUGCCACAAAAGCUGCCUUGGAAGCCGCAAUGGAUAAAUUGCAAAUGGCGAAUAGCUUAUUAGAGGUGCAGUCACAGCGUGUUACCAGCACAACAACUUCAGCACCACAGCCCAUUUCUAAGUCGAACGAAGAAGAUUUAGCUGCUAAAAUUGACCCAACAAAGUUCGAAAAUACGAUCACAGAUGACGAACAAACGCUUAAUGCGUACGCGCCUUCGCAGACGCCCAAUGAGGAGUUGCUAUCAGCUAUGAUGAAUAUGUUUACUGAUUUUACAGCAGACUUACGCAGUCAAGCGGAUGAUCUGCGCGCUGAGCGUGAUCGUUUGCGUGCACUCAAGGAAGAUCUUUUGCGUAGAAAGAGGCAGUCAUAAAAUACAUAUUUUUAGACGGAGUGGGCAAUAAACCAGCUCUGGAUCUCAAAAAUCCAUAUUUUUUUUUUAAAUAAUAUCGAUAGUGUUGCUUAAACAUCAUUGUUAUGGAUCUGUUUUCAUUGAAAUUAAAUUUAUUUUAAACCGUUAAA